AUGGAGAGCAGGAACGUGGUGGUGUGCGACAAUGGUACCGGGUAUGUGAAGUGUGGCUUUGCUGGUGAGAACUUUCCUACAUCUGUAUUCCCUUGUGUUGUCGGAAGACCACUACUUCGCUAUGAGGAGUCACUUCAAGAACAAGAAUUGACGGAUAUUGUUGUUGGAGCAGCUUGUGCUGACUUGAGACAUCAACUUGAUGUAUCAUAUCCUGUCACCAAUGGCAUCGUUCAAAAUUGGGAUGAUAUGGGCCAUAUUUGGGAUAAUGCCUUCUACAGUGAGCUCAAGGUUGAUCCAUCUGAGUGUAAAAUCCUACUGACAGAUCCACCACUCAAUCCUGUGAAAAACCGAGAAAAAAUGAUUGAGACGAUGUUCGAGAAAUAUAACUUUGCUGGUGUCUUCAUCCAGAUCCAAGCAGUUCUUUCACUGUAUGCUCAAGGCUUGCUAACUGGACUUGUGAUAGAUUCUGGUGAUGGUGUUACUCAUGUGGUGCCUGUAGUUGAUGGAUACUCUUAUCCUCAUCUGACAAAGAGAAUGAAUGUAGCUGGAAGGCAUAUAACAUCUUAUCUUGUUGACCUACUCUCAAGGAGAGGGUAUGCUAUGAACAAAUCUGCUGACUUUGAGACGGUCAGAGAAAUAAAAGAGAAGCUAUGCUAUAUAAGCUAUGAUUACAAACGAGAAUACCAGUUAGGACUUGAGACCACAAUCCUUGUGAAAAGUUACACUCUUCCAGAUGGAAGAGUUAUUAAAGUGGGCACUGAACGAUUUCAAGCUCCUGAAGCACUUUUCACUCCUGAACUGAUAGAUGUUGAAGGUGAUGGGAUGGCAGAUAUGGCAUUUCGUUGCAUUCAGGAAAUGGAUAUCGACAACCGGAUGACGCUUUAUCAACAUAUUGUCCUGAGUGGAGGAAGUACCAUGUACCCUGGUCUGCCAAGUCGGUUGGAGAAGGAAAUUCUUGAUCGCUAUCUUGAUGUAGUUUUGAAGGGAAACAAAGAUGGCCUGAAGAAAUUACGACUGCGGAUAGAGGAUCCUCCUCGGAGAAAGCACAUGGUGUACCUGGGAGGUGCAGUGCUUGCUGGAAUCAUGAAGGAUGCACCUGAGUUCUGGAUAACCAGGCAGGAGUACCAGGAAGAAGGUGUAGCGUGCCUAAGGAAGUGUGGACAGUCAUAA